AUGGCAAAAAUAUACCAAAGCGAACCUGAACGUCAGCAAGUAUUUAAUGAAAAAAUUCGUGAACUAUUCGGUGAAGAAUUAAGAGUGAUUCAUCUAGAUGAUAAUUCUUCAAAUGAUAGAGUAUUGGAAUGUAACGUCUGUUCAAAAAGUGUGUUACACCUUGUUGUGAUAAAAAAUGAAAUUGGCACUGGUGGCUAUAAUCCAACUGUCCAGACCGAGGCUUUUUAUGCAAAACAUUAUACCCAAAAGAAAAAUGGGGAAAUGCUUCAAUGGUGCAACUGGCUAUCUUUUUUUUUAUGCCUGGUCGGACCUUGGGUAUGUAUUUUAGAAGCCGUAUAUGUUGAGAAACCUAUUAUAGAUCCUUUAACAGACUUCAUUCCUCUCAUUCCUACAAACGAUCGAGCCCACACAGAGCGAGUGGCAUGGCUUUUCAAAGCCUUGCACUUGGGAGUUAAUAGAUUAACAGAGUAUUAUGGAUCACUAGAUGUGUAUAUGGAUUCACAAAAUUCACAACAAUUUUUAUCCUAUUCGAAUCAAUACAAACAACAAGAUACAAUCGUGGAAUUUACAUAUGAGAGAAAACUUGUGGAUCAGCCCAACAAGCUUCUUUGGAAAGCUAUAACAAAAGAUAGAUAG